AUGUCGUAUCAUGCUUCGAAUUCAGGACAGGUUUGGAAAGGAAAAUCCCGUUGGAUCCCCCAUCUGGCCAACCCGUUUCACGCUGGCGAAGGUGCGCAGCAGCCGCAGCACACCUCGGCAGACGAAGGGGCCUAUCACAGUGAUUUCGACGGCAACUUUGGGCCAGCCGUCUACAACAUGCCACCACUUCGGAGCUUGUAUACCAGCGGACAAACCGGAGAACCCUCGUCAAGCCGGAGGAUGCCCGCGUACGGGGAGCAUAUAGGGCCCGCCGGGAUUGAAGGUUUCCAGCAGUCCUCAUUGGCGUUCAGACAAGGAAUGCACGGAAAGAAGCAUUACCCACGUAUCCACUUUUUCGGUCUGAACUUCAACCACCUCCCACCGCUCGUAACGGCCCCCUCAUUGCAGAAUCCCGUCGCGCCACCUCUGGCCCUCUCGCUGGGAAUCGACAUCGACUGGUCCAGUGGUAAUCCAGCUGUCACCUUCCACCUUAUCCACAUCGAGCGUCAGAACGGGUUUCCUCCGAAUCGGCAGCAGCUGUUCCUCAAUCUCAGCUGCCCUGAUUCCAAGGGACUCCCGUGUCCGUCGCUCAAGUAUAACCCGCACGACCUCCACUUCCUCGCUCCGUCCUCGCAGAUGAUCUCGCCGCUGCAGAUUGAAGCCCUCGCGAAGCUAGAGGCUGAGGUUUUGGUGGUUCGUACCGGUGCCGUCCUUCCAAACGGAGCGCAGGAGUACCCCACUGCGGACGGUGGGAAGCGUUAG